AUGCUCACGAAGUGGCUACAGGACCACAAGCCUCGGGCUGCUGCCAUGAAAGAUCAACCGGCUUUUUAUCGCAACCUGGAACAAGCUAUGGACAUUUCGCGCGCAGAACAUAGCUUCUUCGUUGCGAAACCUCGCUGGGAUGACUCCGUUUUGGACUUCACUUCUAGUGAUUUCUUGAGUCUCAGCCGCUCCGGUCGCAUUCGUGAGGCCUUGGAGGAGGAGUUAGCUCGCCAUGAAAAUUUUCGCCUAAGUGCCUCGGGCUCCCGGAUCCAAUACGGCAACUACGACUACCUCAUUGAAGUUGAGAAAGAAAUCGCAGAUUUCCACGGGGCAGAAACAGCCUAUAUGGCGCACUCGGGGUACAUGGCUAAUGCAGGGACAGUGGCUGCGGUCACUUUGCCUGGCGAUGCAAUUGUGUAUGAUGAAGCUGUCCACGCGAGUACUCAUGAAGGCAUGAAACUAUCACUGGCUGAACAUCGGAUGCCCUUCAAGCAUAAUGACUCUGACUCUCUCCGUGUGGUUCUUACUUCACUAAAAGAGUCGCACCCAGCCUUUGCGGCGGGAAAGCACUCGAUCCUCGUCGCGGUAGAAUCCGUGUAUAGUAUGGAUGGUGACAUUUGCCCACUAGAAGAGCUAGUUCAAGUUGUGAAGGAGUUGUUCCCUCUUGGUAAUGCUCAGUUCAUUAUCGAUGAGGCUCAUAGUAACGGUGUUAUUGGACCAAGAGGAGCGGGCCUAGUAAAUAUGCUGGGGCUAGAAAAGGAGAUAGCCAUUCGCAUUCACAUGUGCAGUAAAGCUUUGGGGUCGACUGGAGGUGUUGUGCUAUGCAACAAGACCAUUCGAGACCGGCUGAUUAGCAAUGCUCGCUUUGCCAUAUACAGCGGCGCACCAUCGUUCCCGAUGGUGGCAUCGAUGCGUGCUGGAUACCAGCUAUUGAGAAAUGGUGAGGCUGAAAAAGGAAUGGACAAAAUACAAAGUAGUGUCAGGCACUUUCUCAAAACUAUUACCGCUCACCCUGUAUGGGAUGAGGCCGUGGAUGAAGGCAUUCUCAACAUUCCUCUUGCCGCGGAUUAUGAGGACAUUGAGCUUCUUACUCACAUCGUACCAGUAUUGACGCGUCCUAAGCAUGAGUUGUACCUCUUCUUCCAUUUGAUGAUUAACAAUAUCAACGCGUAUAACGUGUCUUUCCCGGUCGUUCCGAAAGGAAAAAGCCGUGUUCGCCUGGUUUUCCACGCGCAUAAUGGUUUAGAACAAGCGGAGACUUUAGCCAACGUCAUCUGUGAGUGGGCUCAAGAAAUGUUGGAAAUCGAGGAUGGUCAGACGGGGAAUGUCAUUCCGAGCGCCGCUCGCCAGGUUUAUGCUAUGAAGACAUAA